GUUCCGGUGAUUAAUCGACGGAGUUGGGUAGAGACUGGGAAGAUUUCGAUGACGAUGUCAAUGGCUGAUAUGGCGCCGCCGGUGAAGAUCGGCGAAAGGAAACGCGGCGGAUCGGUUGUGUCGCGAGAAAAGAUCGAGGAGUGGCUGAGGGCUUCGGUUGUUGAGAUCGUGAAGAAUCUGAGAGAGUCGCCGUUGUUGGUGCACUUGUACGCGGAGGCGAACGGAGGCUUGAGUACGACGGCGAAGAAUCCGGAGGCGGAGGAUUGGAAGGCGAUGGUAGGAAGGUGGGGUAGAGGAGAGGAGAGGACGCCGGAGGGAGUGAUCUUCGUGGAGAAGCUAGAUGACGAUGAAGGAGAUGAUCACGGUGGAUUCAACGGUGGAGAAGGUGCAACAAGCGCUUGGGGGAUAGUGGCGCAGGGAAGAGGAACGGAUUGUGGACCGGUUUGCUACCUGUUGAAAACGACCCGGGUUGGGUCGGGUAUGGGGACGGUUUGCACACAUUUUUGCUUGGUGAAGGUGAAGAGUUUUAGGGAGACGGCUUUGUCACAGUUGAAUAACUCCUGGUUGGUGCAGACUGGUCAAUGAAUCAAACUCUAGGUUUCAUGGUUCCUUAUUUAAAGGCUAAGAUCGUGUAAUUAUUCUCUUUGGGUUUGAAUUAUAAAAACCCUUAUAGAUGAUCAAAGUACCUUUGUUAUUGUUACAGCAUAUACAUUAAUCUUUCAACAUUUUUCAGAAACUUGGAUUGGUGAUUUAAGUAGUGGUCAAAUUCUUUGGUAUUCGGGCUUGAUUUGAUCAAGAAGAAAUUGUAUUUUCAUGUUUUG